CCACAUUCUGAUCACAUUCUCCUCCCCAUCCGCAUCUUUCUGCAUCAGGAACACCUGAAAUUUGGCUCCACAUAAAGCGCGCCCCCUGCGCGUGCGCCGCCCUGCGCGCGCUCCUCUCUCAAAAGCGAGGCGCAAACCGAGGCUUCAGCGCAGAGGAGCCGCCUCUCCGUGACGCGCAGACCGAGCGCGCCCAGGAGGAGCAACGAUGAAGUCCAGCAGCCAGGACCAGAGUCUGUCGGAGUCCAGGGAGCUGGACCGCUCCUUCGACCCGCUCACAGGUAACCCUCCAUCCAAACCCCUGAAGAAGAGCCUGAAGCAGCGGUUCCUCAAACUGCUGCCCUGCUAUCACUCCGACUCCACUCCUUCAAUAAACCAAAGAAGCAUCAGCGACGAGGCGGAACUGUCCACCGUGUGCUUCAGGCCGCAGGGCCUCGACCGCCUCGUUCAGCAGACCCGGUUCAGCAAGAAGGAGCUGCAGGUGCUCUACAGAGGAUUCAAAAACGAAUGUCCGAGCGGCGUCGUGAAUGAGGAAACCUUUAAACGAAUCUACUCCCAGUUCUUCCCUCAGGGGGAUUCCAGCAUGUACGCCCACUUCCUGUUUGAGGCUUUCGACACGCACAACAACGGAUCGGUCAGCUUUGAGGACUUUGCUGUGAGUCUGUCCAUCCUCCUGAGAGGCUCCAUCACUGACAAACUCCACUGGGCCUUCAACCUGUACGACCUCAACAAGGACGGCUGCAUCACCAGAGAGGAGAUGACAGACAUAAUGUUCUCCAUUUACGACAUGAUGGGGAGGUGCACGUACCCCAACAUAAAGGCCAGCGCUCCAAAGGAACACGUGGACAGCUUCUUCCAGAAAAUGGACAGCAACAGCGACGGCGUGGUCACCAUCGAGGAGUUCUUGGACACGUGUCAAAAGGAUGAGAACAUCAUGCGCUCCAUGCACAUGUUUGACGAUGUGAUCUGAGCUCCGUCGAACGACUGCGCUCUUCCCCCGAACGUCUCGGAGGUGCAGGGACUCCCUCAGUAACAGUCUUCUCCAACAAAAAACCCCGUUUGUGCGAAGACCGGGCAGAGGAAUUGUGGGAGGUUUUGGAUCUGCUUGACGCAUGAAGAUCCCUGAAGCAAACCCAAAUUGUGAUUGUGUUUGCAUGACAGACACAGACCAGACGGCGCUGAAGACUCACCCCCGUUCCCAGAGUUCUCCUCACGCCUUUCAGCUUCACUUUUACUAGAAUAAAAUUAGCUGCACGCUGAAGGUC